AUGACCAAUGAGUUACAACGUCAGCAUGAAAAGAUGCCUGACACAAAAUCUAUGGUCAAUCACCUACAAGAGUUAUACGGUGAGCACAGUAGGAUUGCACGUUAUGAGGUUACUAAGGUCUUAUUUCGAGCAAAACUACAAGAAGGAGGAAAUGUAGGAGAUCAUGUCCUAAAUAUGAUUGGCUUGUUGGAGAGAUUGGAAGAAUUAAAUAUCUUCCUUGACUCUGAGCUUGAAGUAGACUUAAUUCUACAGUCUCUUUCAAAUUCUUUUGGGCUUUUCAUAAUGAAUUUCCACAUGAACAAGCUUCAUUGUUCCAAAUCUCAUCUGCACAAUAUGUUGUGCACUGCUCAUGCUACAAUAAAGGGUAUGAAUACUGAUACUGUUCUUUUGGCCUCUUCCAAGUCGAAGAAGAAGAGAAAGAACAAGAAGGUUUCUGAAGUGAAACCAACUGGGGGAGUGACCAAAACUAAAGGGAAGGUUGUAAGUAAAGGAAUGUGUUUCCAUUGCAACAAAGAAGGGCAUUGGAAAAAAAAUUACACAGAAUACCUAAAGUCUUUGAAGGUCAAGGACAAUGACAAACCUUCAGAAGGAUCUGAGAAGAAGUAG